AUGAUUCCAGGAGUUACUUUUACAAAUGUUUUGAAAAUGGAAAGUAUUGAAAUGUACGACUGCUUCAACAUGGCAUAUCAGGAUGAUGCAAAUGCUCUGCAAUUACAAAUAAAAAUAAAUAGUGAAAAUUUGUUACCGGUUCCACAAAAGUACAAUGCUGGAUCAUUGCGUAUACCAGCUGAUCCUUCUUGGCCCAAAAUACCCCAGCGUAAAUUAAUUGAUGAUGGAGAUACUAUUGAACCCCCAUGUAUAGUCACAUUAACUGGAACUCCUAGGAGAAGUCGUACUGUAGUUCAAACACCACUAAAUCAAUCUCCUAAGUCUACAGCAACUAAAGAUAGUGCAUAUUCUUCUUUCCAUCAUCAAAAAACUGAUCUAAGCAUGUACACAUUAAAGAGAUUUCCUGGUUACAUUGAUCCACGUUUUAAAAAAGUGACAAAUACUAAAAAAAAUCAAAUUACACCAAAUAAGGCAUUACAGGAAGAAGUGAAACAGUCUAAUAUCACUACCAUUGCAGAACAUCUAAAUAAAGAAGAAAUAGAAAAUUUAAUAUCUGAAAAAAAAUUUAAUGCGUAUAUAUUACCUUGAAUUAAAAAACAAACAAAAAUACAAGAAGAAAAAGAAAAUGGAUUAAGACAAAAUUAUGAGGAAACUAAUAAGUUUAAUGUUGAAGAAUUACUUUUAGAACAAAAUUACCCCACAAAUAAUUCAACGUUGAAAAAACUAGAUAAUCUUUUGAAAACUAGUAAUACAAAUGAAUAUGUAGGAAAAAAUAAAUCUGUAAAGAACAUAUGCUCUUCUGAACGCAUAUUAAAAUCAACAGUUAAUGAUGCAAACACUCAGGUGGACAUCGCUUCUUUACCAGUGCAAGAAAAUAAUGGACAGUUGUUUUUUGUGUUAGACAAAAAACUGCAAUCACAUCCUUUAAGUGCAAUACAUGUUGAUACAAUUACUGUGCCUCAAGAAUAUGCAAAUCAAUGUUAUAAUGUUCAACUUCCAAUUUUAACUUAUCAAAACAUACCAAUGCAAAUAUCUCCUACAGGAACAAAUAAUGCAAUACAGCAAUGUUUGAAUCAUUCAGAUUGUAAAAACCAAACCGAAACUUCACUUUUAAUGAAAACAGAAUCUAUACACCAUAUUCACUUAAAUCAAGCACAAAAUGAGAACAAAUCUCUCAUUAACAAUAUCAAAGAAAAAAAUAUCCAUGAUAGAAAAAACACAUCAGAAGUAAAAAGUAAUAUACAUGAAGAAAAUAAGAAAAAUUGUUUCCAGACAAAUUCCUCAGAAAAUUCAGUUAAUUUUAAAAUAAUAUCAAAUUCCAAUAUUCAGCAAAAACAGGAAUCUAGUGACUCAGAGUAUUAUAUUCCUAACAUAAAUAAAAAAAACAUACACAAUAAUGUUUUUGAAUGCUUAAAAAUGAAGAAAAUGAUAUGUGGUAAAGAAAUAAGUGGUGAAGAAACAACAGAUUCUGAAUUUAUUACACAAACAAAUAUAAAGAGAAAAGAAUUUACUGAUACAAAUAAAUUUACAAAAAAAAGUAAUGUGAUUAGUAGUGAUCCUAUAUAUAAUGAUAUCAAAACUUCAACUCAAAAUCAUGAUCAAACAAAUUAUUUAUCAAAAGAAAAUGAAUAUCUUCAAUCAGUAUCACAAAGUAAUGUAAUUGUUACUGAUCAAGAACAAUCUUCAUGUCAAAACUACAAAACAGAUAUUUUUGAAACAAAAGGAAGAAAUAAAUCUGAGCAACAAUUACUGUUCACAAAAAAUGAAUGUACUAGAAAACUUUGUCAUAAUUCAGAGCCAUCUAUUACAUUUAAACACAAAAAGGCAUCUGCUAAAUUUUCUAGAAAAACUAGGUCAUACUUCCAAAAAAAUUCUCAUUCAGCAUUAGUAGAUUCUGAUUACACCUUAAUAUGGCCUCAUUGCCAAUAUAAUAAAUACAAACAUUAUCAAACAAACUUUCAUAAAUUUGGCAAUCAUAAAUCAAGAAAAUUCACUCAACAUUUUAAUCCUAUUCCAGUACAUGAACGAAAUACAAAUGUACAAAUUGAUAAUGUUUCGAAUUUCAUUGAACAUAAUUAUAUGCAAAACAAUGAACAUGUAGAUUCAAGGCAAAAAACUACUAAAAGUUUAUCAAAGACAUGUUUACAAAAGGAACAUUGCAAAUGUGAAAUUUCUCCAAGAUCAAAUACAGAUGAUGUAUUUGAAAGUUCUAAAGCUAUUCCUCCAAAAACCCAAGAAUUAUUAAAUAAAAAUUAUUGGGAGUACUACAACAAAUUAAAACAUAAAAUACAGAACACAAGUAGCAUUGAACAAUGUCCAUAUUAUUUAUCAAUGGAUGCAACUGAAAAAGGAAGAAAAGUAAAUGAAGUAUAUAAUAAAGAAUUAAAAACUCACUUAAAAGUAAAUCCUGAACUUCAGACAUUACAACAAUGUACAGCUCUUUCUACCAUGAUUAACAAAGCAUUAGACCCAAGUCUUGAAUCAAAUACUAUACAAACAGAACAAUUAUACAUGAAUGACAACAUGAAAACAUCAUCAAAUCAUAUGGUUGAUGGACAAAAUAUUAAUACAAAGAAGAUUCCACACUUAAUUAAUGAUAAACCUAUAAUUAGUAAAGUAAGAUGUAAUGAAAAUAAAACAAAUGAUAAACAAUUUUUAGAACUCAAAUCUAUCAUUUUUUUUGGUGGUAUGAUGUAUAUUUUCAUAAUAUUUUUGCCAAUGUUGUAUGACUAUUUCUAUUACGAAGAAUAUGAUGACUAUGAAAAUUUAAGUUACUUGGAACUGGUAGUGGAAUAUAUUUUAUCCUCAUUUAAAGAAGCAUUUGGUGGUGUUUUCAAUUGUAUAAAACAAAUUUUUUUCUAUCCACAUGCAUGUAAGAAAUGCACCAAUAUUUCAUAA